UACAGCACGGGCAAGAACGCGUUGUUUACCAUUUGAUAUUUAUAGUGAAAACUCCAAAUUGUAUUUGUAUUUGUAUUGCUAUAUAUAUUUAAUAGUAUAUAUGUGCUAAAUAUGGUUGUAACAUGUGCAAUUGAGUUUGACAAUAAUUCCUACGGCACCUACUUUGCUGGCCAAGUCAUGACGGGUAAAGUUACGCUGCAAGCGGACAUGCCUAAGCAGGUGAAAGCCAUCGUGUUGAAAAUUAGCGGUUGCGCAGACACUAGCUGGACGGAAAGCUCCACCAGCACAACGUCCGAUGCAAACGGACGUUCGAGCACCCAAACCCAGACAACACACUACAGAGGUCAUGAGGAUUAUAUAAAAUCGAAGACUUACUUGCUCAGCUCCAACGAAAUCUAUCCAAAUAUCUCUCCAACAGACCAAUCUGCCGUGAUUGAGCCGGGCAUACAUACCUAUACGUUUGCUUGCCUCUUACCCAACACCUGCCCUUCGUCCUUCGAAGGCAUCUAUGGUUACAUACGAUAUUUGACUAGGGUGGAACUCGUGCGACCAUGGAAGUUCAAUCAGAAUUUUACGCGCGGAUUUACGGUUUUGAAAAUGACGGAUCUGAACUACGACAGUCCUUUAUUGCGAGUACCUAGCAAAUCGGAAGCACAAAAGGUUUUUUGUUGUGGGCCUUGCAAAACACAGCCGUUGGAGGUGCACGUUUCCUUGCCACAAAGUGGCUAUGUGCCUGGACAAGCGAUACCAGUUAGCGUGCUCAUAUCAAACGAAACCAAGAUAAAAGUCGAAGAACUCAAAAUCGAAUUGGUAAUGCUCGUUUGCUAUUAUAGUCAAACACCAUCGACACGUACGAAGAACCAGCGCAUACCGGUGCUUAAGUUGAAAGGUGAUGGUGUGCCGGUGCAUUGCAAAAAACAAUUCAACUAUACGCUCAUUGUGCCGGCUACGCCGCCAACAUGCUUCAAUCUAUGUCGCAUCAUACAGAUUGCCUAUCAAGUGGAGGUUGUGACAAAAGUGAAGGGUUGGCAUGCGGAUCAAGUCAUCUGUGUGCCCGUCACGAUAGGCAAUGUGCCGUUGCUCGGCGUCAUACAAAAGCAACCAAUGGCGUCUGCUGACAACUUCGUCCCCAACGGUAGUGGUGUUAUGAACCGUUCAUUCGUGGCGAAUGAGGAGAGCGGCGAUGCUGGCGAUGCUGGCGAGAAGAAGUCCACCGAAGCUAACCAGGUGCAGUCUACCGUACAAGAGGACCCGACAGAAAUCAACAAUGGUGCCGCGACAAGUUCUGUCAUAACACCGGCACCACCAAAUCCCUGGGAUGCAGAUGCCAGUAUACCACCGCCGUCCUAUGAAUCCGCUUUGCAUAUAAAACCAGCUAAACUUAACCUUGAUGAAGGGCAAGAAUAUGGCGAAACCGAAUUCGCACCACGUUAUCCUGUCUUCAAGGUACCGAGUCCGAGCGCGUCAGGCAAAGACGAAGUUGAUGGUGUAGCGACUAGUGGUGUUUCACCAGCGCAAAAUAGCACUUGGUUGUGAGCUGAAAGUGUGAAUAAAUGAAUAAAAACUUA